UGAGGACCCGGAUGAAGCGGCUCCCGAGACGGGCAGCGUCGGCGGGAGGGACGGUAAAAAGAGAGAGAGGUCGUCACAUCGGCAACGGAUACCUCUCCUCAUCGACUGGGACGAAGGCUGGAAAUGACGCAGCGGGGAAGCAGCGAGUCACCCCGAGGUGGGUCAGCCCCGGCCGACAGGUGCUUCACCUGCACCUUCUGCGGGAACAGUUUCAGCCGCUCGCACGCGCUGCAGCAGCACCUGCGUAUCCACGCCGGCGAGAGGGCCUUCGCCGAGACCAGCUACGUGCGCACCAUCGCCUCGGCGUCACGGCAGAGAGUCAAAACCGGCGAGCGGCUCUUCAUCUGCGACGUGUGCGGCCAGCGCUUCACCAUCGCCUCCUUCCUGGCCCAGCACCAGCGCAGCCACAGCGCCGAGCCUCCCCUGGAGUGCGACCUGUGCGGGCAGACCUUCACCUCGGCCGCCAACCACCGGGAGCACCGGCGCCGGCACGCCCGCGAGCCCGCCGAGCACUGCGGGGUGUGCGGGGGCCACUACCCCGGGCCGCAGCGGCUGGCCCGUCACCAGCGCACCCACCUGCAGUCCGAGCCUCACCUCUGCGGGGUCUGCGGCAUGAGCUUCGGGAGGCUGCACUACCUGCAGUGGCACCAGCGCAUCCACGCCGGGCCGGGCACCGCCUCCGGCUCACCACCAGCCCCCCGGGUCACCUCCACCAGCCCCACCCGCAAGGUGUCUCCGCUGGAGGCCCGGCAGCCGCAGGGUCCCGUCUCCGGCAAGAAGAGACCAGCCGCAGCCCUGGAGGAGGAGGAGGAGGAGACGCAGACCUUCUACCUGUGCGAGGUGUGCGCCAGGGUCUUCACUGGACAGGGUCUCCUGCAUGAGCACCAGGCCACUCACCGGGAACUGAGGGAGCUCGAACUCCGGCAAGAGAGUAACCGGAACACCCACCGGGAGCUGGGAGAGCUCGAACCGGGACAAGAGAGUAACCGGAACACCCACCUGGAGCUGGGGGAGCUCGGACCAGGACAGGAAAGUAACCGAGACACUCACCAGGAGCUGGGAGAAUUCAAACUCCAGCAAGAGAGUAACCGGAACACCCACCGGGAGCUGGGAGAGCUCGAACCGGGACAAGAGAGUAACCGGAACACCCACCCGGAGCUGGGGGAGCUCGGACCAGGACAGGAAAGUAACCGAGACACUCACCAGGAGCUGGGAGAAUUCAAACUCCAGCAAGAGAGUAACCGGAACACCCACCCGGAGCUGGGGGAGCUCGAACCAGGACAGGAGAGUAACCAAGACACACAUCAGGAGUAGGGAGAGCUCAAACCGGGACAAGAGAGUAUCUGGAACACCCACCGGGAGCUGGGAGAGCUCGAACCGGGACAAGAGAGUAACCAAGACACUCAACGGGAGCUGGGAAAGCUCGAACCGGGACAGGAGAGUAACCAAGACACUCACCGGGAGCUGAGAGAGCUCGAACUGGGACAGGAGAGUAACCGGGAUACUCAGCGGGAGCUGGGAGAGCUCGAACCGGGACAGGAGAGUAACCGAGACACUCACCGGGAGCUGGGGGAGCUCAAACUGGGACAAGAGAGUAACCGAGACACUCACCGGGAGCUGGGUGAGCUCGAACCGGGACAGGAGAGUAACCGAGACACCGGGAGCUGGGAGAGCUCGAACCGGGACAGGAGAGUAACCAAGACACUCACCGGGAGCUGAGAGAGCUCGAACUGGGACAGGAGAGUAACCGGGAUACUCAGCGGGAGCUGGGGGAGCUCGAACCGGGACAGGAGAGUAACCGAGACACUCACCGGGGGCUGGGGGAGCUCGAACUGGGACAAGAGAGUAACCGAGACACUCACCGGGAGCUGGGGGAGCUCGAACCAGGACAGGAGAGUAACCGAGACACUCACCGGGAGCUGGGAGAGCUCGAACCGGGACAGGAGAGUAACCGAGACAAUCACCGGGAACUGGGAGAGAUCAAACCGGGACAGGAGAGUAACCGAGACACUCAACGGGAGCUGGGAGAGCUCGAACCGGGAAAGGUGAGUAACCGAGACACUCACCGGGAGCUGGGAGAGCUCGAACCGGGACAGGAGAGUAAUUGAGACAUUUAAUGGGAGCUGGGAGAGCUCGAACUGGGACAAGAGAGUAACCGAGACACUCACCGGGAGCUGGGAGAGCUCGAACCGGGAAAGGAGAGUAACCAAGACACUCACCGGGAGCUGGGAGAGCUCGAACCGGGACAGGAGAGUAACCGAGACACUCGCCAAGAGCUGGGAGAGCUCGAACCGGGACAGGAGAGUAACCGAGACACUCACCAGGAGCUGUGAGAGCUCGAACCGGGAAAGGAGAGUAACCGAGACACUCACCAAGAGCUGGGAGAGCUCGAACCGGGACAGGAGAGUAACCGAUACAGUCACCGGGAGCUGGGGGAGCUCGAACCGGGACAGGAGAGUAACCGAGACACUCACCGGGAGCUGGGAGAGCUUGAACCGGGACAGGAGAGUAACCAGGACAGUCACCGGGAGCUGGGAGAGCUCGAACCGGGAAAGGAGAGUAACUGAGACACUCACCGGGAGCUGGGGGAGCUCGAACUGGGACAAGAGAGUAACUGAGAUACUCACCGGGAGCUGGGAGAGCUCGAACUGGGAAAGGAGAGUAACUGAGACACUCACCGGGAGCUGGGGGAGCUCGAACUCCGGCAAGAGAGUAACCGAGACACUCACCGGAAGCUGGGAGAGUUCGAACUCCAGCAAGAGAGUAACCGAGACACUCAUCGGGAGCUGGGAGAGCUCGAACCGGGAACGGAGAGUAACCGAGACACUCAUCGGGAGCUGGGAGAGCUCAAACCGGGACAAGAGAGUAACCGAGACACUCAGCGGGAGCUGGGAGAGAUCAAACCAGGACAGGAGAGUAACCGAGACACUAGCGGGAGCUGGGAGAGAUCAAACCGGGACAGGAGAGUAACCGAGACACUGACCGGGAGCUGGGAGUGAUCAAACCGGGACAGGAGAGUAACCGAGACACUCACCGGGAGCUGGGAGAGCUCGAACUCCAAGAGAGUAACCGAGACACUCACCGGGAGCUGGGAGAGAUCAAACCGGGACAGGAGAGUAACCGAGACACUCACCGGGAGCUGGGAGAGCUCGAACCGGGACAAGAGAGUAACCGGAAUACUGACCGGGAGCUGGGGGAGCUCAAACCGGGACAAGAGAGUAACCGAGACAUUCACCGGGAGCUGGGAGAGAUCAAACCGGGACAGGAGAGUAACCGAGACACUCGCCAAGAGCUGGGAGAACUCAAACCGGGACAGAAGAGUAACCGAGACACUCACCGGGAGCUGGGAGAGAUCAAACCGGGACAGGAGAGUAACCGAGACACUCGCCAAGAGCUGGGAGAGAUCAAACCGGGACAGGAGAGUAACCGAGACACUCACCGGGAGCUGGGAGAGAUCAAACCGGGACAGGAGAGUAACCAAGACACUCACCGGGAGCUGGGAGGGCUCGAACCGGGAAAGGAGAGUAACCGAGACACCGGGAGCUGGGAGAGCUCGAACCGGGACAGGAGAGUAACCGAGACACUCACCGGGAGCUGGGAGAGCUCGAACCGGGACAGGAGAGUAACCGAGACACUCACCGGGAGCUGGGGGAGCUCGAACCAGGAAAGGAGAGUAACCGAGACACUCACCAAGAGCUGGGAGAGCUCGAACCGGGACAGGAGAGUAACC